AUCAGCGCUGGGCAAGGCGGGACGGAGUGCACAGUUUUCCGCCUCCGACGCGUUUCCGGCCUUAAAGGCUUUUCGCCCUUCCCUUUAAGACGCACCGCCCCCUUUCAGUCACUCCCAAGAUGGCGGACCUACUGGGCUCCAUCCUGAGCUCCAUGGAGAAGCCACCCAGCCUCGGUGACCAGGAGACUCGGCGCAAGGCCCGAGAUAGAAGACACACAAACCAGUUAGAGAAUCAGUGGCUACGAUGGGAUGCAGUGAUGGUCAUAGUCCUCGAGGUCAGAGAGCAGGCUGCCCGCCUGAAGAAACUACAGGAACAAGAGAAACAACAGAAAGUGGAGUUUCGUAAAAGGAUGGAGAAAGAGGUGUCAGAUUUCAUCCAGGACAGUGGGCAGAUCAAGAAAAAGUUUCAGCCCAUGAACAAGAUAGAGAGGAGCAUACUACAUGAUGUGGUAGAAGUGGCUGGCCUGACAUCCUUCUCCUUCGGGGAGGACGAUGAGUGUCGCUAUGUCAUGAUCUUCAAGAAGGAGUUUGCACCCUCAGAUGAAGAGCUGGACUCCUACCGUCGUGGUGAAGAGUGGGACCCCCAGAAGGCUGAGGAGAAACGGAAGCUGAAGGAGCUGGCCCAGCGGCAGGAGGAAGAGGCAGCUCACCAGGGACCCGUGGUGGUGAGCCCCGCUAGCGACUACAAGGACAAGUAUAGCCACCUCAUCGGCAAGGGGGCAGCCAAGGAUGCAGCCCAUAUGCUACAGGCCAACAAGACCUACGGCUGUGUGCCUGUGGCCAACAAGAGGGACACACGCUCCAUUGAAGAGGCCAUGAAUGAGAUCCGAGCCAAGAAGCGUCUGCGGCAGAGCGGGGAAGAGUUGCCACCUACCUCUUAGGCACUCUAGCUCCCUGGGGCAGGGCAAGGGGCAGGGAGGGACAAGGCUGCUAUUAGAACCCAUCCUGGAGCCCCACCUCUGAACCACCUCCUAACAGCCAUUAUGCAGGCUGGAGAAAGCAGGUGUUCAAUUUGUCACUGUUAGAGCUUGGAUAUGUAAUGUGGUGUGUGUAUGUGUGUGUAUAAGUGAGUGUGAAUGCACAGGUGGGUAUUUAAUCUGUAUUAUUCUCUGUUCUCCUUGGAACUUUCUUCCCUGUGGGACUGGGGUUACUUUACAUUCAAUAAACAUUGUUUGACCCAA